CUCACACACACUUCAUACGUUCGUGAAAACGCAAGUGGAGAAUAGUCGUGCCAUUACUAGUGAUGUCGGUGAUUUGGUUGAGCUUUGGUGCCUUGUUCGGUCUUUGCGUGGUUCAUUAUGCUAAAAAAUAUUUCUGGGACUAUUGGGACAUGAAGGGCCCAUCUGUGUUCUUGAGCUUCCCCAUCAUUGGGCACGCCUGGAAACUUAGUCCAAACCCCCACAAGACCAUGGAAGACCUCAAAGCCACAUAUGGAAAUUUGUUUCGCUUCGACAUUGGACCCUAUCCCAGCCUGGUCGUGGCUGGUUUUGAAGAGUUUCAAGAAAUUUGCCGAAUGGAUGUCUUCAACGGACGGUUCUUCGGGAUUUUGCCCGCAGUUCAAACUGUCUUCGGCACAGACUCAAGAGGCGAGGUGUUUGGAGUAUCUGCUAGCAAUGGGCAAACAUGGACGGAACAACGGAAAUUUAUGCAUCAAAAUCUGAAUAUGGCUGGAAUGGGUAAAAAAAGCACUUUGGAGGACAUCAUCAACCAAGAAGCAGAAAUAGCCGCCGAAAGAAUGGCUUCUGUGGCAAAAAAUGGAACAGUCCAAAUCAAGAAGUUCUUUCCAGUUGCAAUCAAUAACAUUGUCUGGCGGAUGAUUACCGGGAUCACAUCAAGUCAAGACGACCCAUUCAUGUUGUAUUUGACAGAUCGGAUGAAUCGACAUUUCGAAUCCUUAUCCCCUUCCAACAUAACGGCAAUCCUCCAACAGUAUUUCCACAGAUUCACCAACAUUUUGGACAAGUUAAACCUGCCCACUUGCUUCAAGGACUUGUACAUAAUCCGGCAGUUUUUAGAUAACGAGUUCAAGAAGAUUGAUCCAGACCCCAACGGCCUUUACGUGGCCAAAUUCAAGGCCGAAAUUCAAGCAGCUGCAUCUAAUCCUGAGUCUUCGUUUCAUGGGACUGAUGGCGAUUUUCACCUUAGUGGACAUGCGGUGGACCUCUUUGUGGCGGGAACUGAAACGACCAGCACCGUUCUUGAGUGGGUCAUUUGGUAUCUGAUUGGGCACCAAGAUAUGCAAGAAAGAAUGUAUGAGGAGCUCGAUAAGGUGUUCGGAGCUCAUCCUCCCACUUUAGACCGCCAUGACAACUUACCCUUCACUCAGGCCUUCUUACUCGAGGUCAAUCGACACAGCCCAAUGGGCCUAACUUCAGUGCCAAGAUUCAAUUCAUCGGCAGUCACGUUUCGGGGCAUUCACAUCCCAAAGCGGACCCAAAUUGUCCCAUGUCUCAGCACAAUUAACCGUGACCCUAAACACUUCACAGAUCCACACAAAUUUGACCCGAAGCGAUUCUUGGACGCCCAAGGUCAAUUCGUGCGUAAUGAUCACGUUGUGAUUUUCGGACUGGGCAAACGGAAAUGCGUUGGGGAUGUUCUGGCCAAGGCUGAGAUCUUCCUCUUUGUCGCUCAAAUCGUUCUUCGAUUCAAAUUGACCCCCGCCACGCCUAUUUCCGACGAGAUAGAGCUUGGUCUGGCCAUUCGUCCAAGUCCAUAUUCGAUUACUGCGGUUUCUCGUGUUUGAGCGGUAUUAUUAAAUUUGGCUUACCUGAAGAAAGAAACAUGAAGAAUUUACAUGAGCAAGUUGCUAUGGAUGAGGUUGAGAGAACUGUAGAGUACAUCUUCCGUCAGAUAUGAUCCGUAUGUCAUAUUUUUGCCGAAUGGAUAAAUGAACUUGCAUAUAGUA